AAGGUGCCCUGCAGCACCAACAGCUCCAGCUCCCAUACAUAGAUUGUAUGGAUUUUGUGUGUGUAAAGGGGCUGCUGUAAUUUCAAUCUCCUGGACCUGCCCUGGGUUGGAUUAUUUUUUAUAGCUCUGAUUUGAAAAGCAGCCACCAAGCUUUCCUGCCUGCCUGAUCUUUCACUGCUGCAGCUGCAGCUGUAUUAUAGCAGGGAAGCCUCAUUCCUGGGUUGCAGAGAGAGAAGGUUGCAGGAUCCUUCAAUCCCACCCCCUUCCUCUUUCCACAGCUCCGAGGAGAGUCCUGGCUCUUUGCAGCAUAUGUGGUGCAUUAGAGUGGAAGCCAGCACCAGUAGCCACUGCAGCAAAGGAAGCACUAGUCUCGGGUGAUUUGGGGGAAAGGAAUUGAAAAUAAGAGGGUAGAUUUUGUUUCUGAGGGACUUGGCUUCAUUUCCCAAAGGCGCGUUUCUUUCAUGAAUGACACAGAUCCUGCUCUGUGAUUCCUUCAGGCGAUGGCCAUGCAGUAAAGAUGUCAGUGUCCAGGCUGAACAGUGUCAAUGGGUUUUUGGAGGACUCCAGGAUGGAGGUUGGGGACAUGGGGAGGAUCCUCAGGAGUUUGGAAAUUGGGACCGUGCUGACCUUGUUCUACCAAAAAAAGUCCCAGAGGCCAGAGAGGAGGACAUUUCAGGUGAAGCUGGAGACCAGGCAGAUCAUUUGGAGCCGGACGCCUGAGAAAGUGGAAGGAGACAUUGACAUUCGGGAGAUAAAAGAGAUCCGCCCAGGGAAGAAUUCCCGGGAUUUUGAACGAUAUCCAGAAGAUGCUCGGAAACUGGACUCCACCAUGUGUUUCAUCAUCCUGUAUGGACAGGAUUUCAGGCUCCGGACACUCAGUGUUACUGCCUUCUGUGAGGAAGACGUCAAUGUGUGGAUGACAGGCCUGAACUGGCUGGUGAUGGACACUCAGAAAGCCCAGACGCCGCUGCAGGUUGAAAGGUGGCUGCGGAAACAGUUUGACUUGAUGGACAGGACGAGAGAAGGCAGUAUCACGGUGAAGGAUCUGAAGGCCAUGCUGCCCCAGGUGAACUACCGGGUGCCCAAUAUGAGGUUCCUGCGGGACAAGCUAGUGGAAGUGGAAGCCAGGAGCGACAUGGCCUUCACUCACUUCACUCAGUUCUACAAAAACCUAAUGUUCGAUACUCAGAAAUCGGUCAUCGAGCAGCUGGAGCUCUCCUUCCCCUUGCGGAACGUUGACCGGGCAGAGCUGUGCCAGAUUACACUGUACGACUUCCAGAAGUUCCUGCAGCACGACCAGAAGGAGCCCUGGGCCAGUGACAUCGGCAAGGUGCGGGAGUGCAUGUGUGGCUACCUCAGGGACCCCUUCAGUGACAUGGCAGAACCCUUCUUCCAGCUGGAUGAGUUUCUGACGUACCUGUUCUCCAGGGAAAACAUGGUCAUGGACGCCAAGUACGAGCGGGUGGUCCCAGAGGAGAUGAACUACCCGCUAUCCCACUACUGGAUCUCCUCCUCCCACAAUACGUAUCUGACUGGGGACCAGUUCUCCAGUGAGUCCUCGCUGGAAGCCUAUGCUCGCUGCCUCCGGAUGGGCUGCCGCUGCAUAGAGCUGGACUGUUGGGAUGGUCCAGAUGACCUGCCAAUCAUCUACCAUGGACACACACUCACCUCCAAAAUCAAAUUCCUGGAUGUCCUGCACACCAUCAAGGAACACGCCUUUGUGACCUCUGAGUUCCCCAUCAUCCUCUCCAUCGAGGACCACUGCAGCAUCGUCCAGCAGAGGAACAUGGCCUCCCACUUCAAGAAGGUCUUUGGGGACAUGCUGCUCACCAAGCCAGUGGACAUCAACGCUGAUGAGUUGCCUUCCCCAACCCAGCUCAAGAAGAAAAUCCUCAUCAAGCACAAGAAGCUGGUGGAAGGGAACCUUUACGAAGAAGUCUCCACGGCCAGUUACUCGGAGAAUGACAUCAGCAACUCCAUCAAGAACGGCAUCCUGUACCUUGAGGACCCCAUUGACCAUACCUGGAGCCCACAUUAUUUUGUGCUGACAAGCAACAAGAUCUAUUACUCCGAGGAGACGUCCCGCUACCAGUCCAACGAGGAUGAGGAAGAGGUGGAACAAAAAGAGGAGUUUAACAACAACGAGCUGCACUUCAGCGAGAAGUGGUUUCACGGGAAGCUGGGCGGGGGGCGUGACGGGCGCCAGAUUGCUGAGAAGCUGCUGCACGAAUACUGCACCGAGACGGGUGGGAAGGACGGCACCUUCCUGGUGCGGGAGAGCGAGACCUUUGUGGGAGAUUACACCCUCUCCUUCUGGCGGUCCAGCCGAGUCCAGCACUGCCGUAUUCACUCCCGGCAGGAAGCCGGCACCACCAAGUUCUACUUGACGGACAACCUGGUGUUCGACAGCCUCUACAGCCUGAUCUGCCACUACCGCGAGGUGCCACUGCGGUGCAACGAGUUUGAGAUGAGGCUCACAGACCCCGUGCCACAGCCCAACGCCCACGAGAGCAAAGAGUGGUACCAUGCCAACCUGUCCCGCCUGCAGGCCGAGCACAUGCUGAUGAGGGUGCCCCGGGACGGAGCCUUCCUGCUGCGCAAACGCAAUGAGCCCAACUCCUAUGCUAUCUCCUUCAGAGCGGAGGGCAAGAUCAAGCAUUGCCGCAUCCAGCAGGAGGGCCGGCUCUUCAUGUUGGGCAGCUCUGCCGAGUUCGAGAGCCUGGUGGAUCUGGUGAGCUACUACGAGAAGCACCCGCUCUACCGCAAGAUGAAACUCCGCUACCCCAUCAACGAGGAGACCCUGGAGAAGAUGGGCACUGCUGAGCUGGACUAUGGAGCCCUGUAUGAAGUGCGAACCCCUCACUUCUACGUGGAGGCCAACAAGAUGCCAAUGGCCAGGUGUACGGUGAAGGCCCUCUAUGAUUACAAAGCCCAGCGGGAAGACGAGCUCUCGUUCUGCAAACAGGCCAUCAUCUACAACGUGGACAAGCAGGAUGGAGGCUGGUGGCGGGGAGACUACGGGGGCAAGAAGCAGCUGUGGUUCCCAGCCAACUACGUGGAGGAGAUCAUGAACAUGCUGGGACAGGAGCAGGACGAGGCUUCUGCAGAAAACAGCCCCCUGGGGAACUUUCUGAAAGGGUUCAUUGACGUACCGUCCUGCCAUGUAGUUAUCUCCAAAGACGGGAGGAGCUCCAAACCAUUUGUCUUCACCAUCCAUUCCCAGCAGAUGUCCCACCCGUCCCAAUCACUGGACGUGGCUGCAGACACACAAGAGGAACUCAACGACUGGGUGGCCAAGAUCCGGGAGGCCACACAGAACGCAGAUGCCAGGAUGCAAGAGGGGAAGAUCAUGGAGCGGAGGAAGAAGAUUGCCCUUGAGCUCUCCGAGCUGGUCGUUUACUGCCGCCCGGUGCCAUUUGAUGAAGAGAAGAUCGGCACAGACAAGGCUUGCUAUCGGGACAUGUCCUCCUUCCCCGAGACCAAGGCCGAGAAGUACGCCAACCGCAGCAAGGGCAAGAAGUUCCUGCAGUACAACCGGCGCCAGCUCAGCCGUGUCUACCCCAAGGGCCAGCGCCUGGACUCCUCCAACUAUGACCCGCUGCCCAUGUGGAUCUGUGGCAGCCAGCUGGUGGCCCUUAACUUCCAGACCCCCGAUAAACCAAUGCAGUUGAACCAGGCCCUGUUCAUGCUGGGAGGCCGCAGCGGUUACGUCCUGCAGCCAGACAUCAUGAGGGACGACUUGUUUGACCCCUUUGACAAGAGCAGCCUGAAGAUUGUGGAACCCAUCACUGUGCAGCUCCAGAUCCUAGGCGCCCGGCAUCUCCCCAAGAAUGGCAGGAGCAUCGUGUGCCCCUUCGUGGAGGUGGAGGUCUGCGGCUCGGAGUUUGACAGCAGCAAGAACAAGACGGAGGUCGUAGCUGAUAACGGCCUGAACCCCGUGUGGCUUUUCAAGCAGUUCGUCUUCGACAUCAACAACCCUGAGUUUGCCUUCCUGCGCUUUGUGGUGUAUGAGGAGGACAUGUUCAGCGACCCCAACUUCCUGGCCCAGGCCACCUUCCCUGUCAAGGGCCUCAAAACAGGCUACCGGUCAGUGCCCCUGAAGAACAGCUACACUGAGGACCUGGAGCUCUCCUCCCUGCUCAUUCACAUCGAAAUCAUCAACGCCAAGGAAGAAGAUGAGGAGAACCUGUACUCCUCCAUCCAGCAGCUGCGUGACCGAGCCAGUGAACUCUCCAACCGGGUCUCAAGCUUCGAACACAGCAACAACUGUGACUUGCGCCACCAGCAGUGGCUGGACGAGCUGCGGGCAGCCAAGGAGCGGCUGAUGGAGCUGACCGAAGUGCGCAACAGGAAGCUGAUGGAGAAAAAGAAGAGAGAUCGACAGAUGGCCAACAAGCACAACUGAGCCAGCCGCGGGGCUCUCCCAGCUGGGGCCCUCUGCUAGGGAGCCUGGAAAUUCUUGCCCGCAGGAAAUCUGGUUGCUGCUACCAGUCAUCCCCUCGACAGUCCACCUUUCCAGCUGGCUCGCUGCUCUCACUCUGCAUCCGUCAACUGCCCUGGGGGAAGAGACAUUGGCUGCUAGAACUACAGCAUUUGCAGGACCUGGAGAGAACUGGAGGUGGUUCUGAAGAUGGGAGCACAGAGCUGUGUUAGCAUCUUUCCUGUUGUAACAGCCAAGCUUUUCAAUGAGAUGGAAAUGGGGUCACAUGUCAGGGCGCGCAAUGUUCUCAAGAGGAUUCGAGAAGCCACCCGGGGCAGGGGUUCCCAUCAGCCGCCUCAUCCCCAGUCAGUCUGAUCUGCUUCAACAUCUGUUUAAAAAAAUUUUUUUCACCAUCAUGAGACUUCCAAAAGGGGGGAGGGACAUCUCAGGAGCUAUAGGUUCAAAUCCUUUCGUAACUCACCAGUCUGUCUGUGUUCACGGUGGCGUCCCUAGAUGACAUUUCUCUGCAGUACAAAACCAUCGCAUACACAGGGGCCCUGGAAGGGCCAAGGGUAGCAGGAGUGACUGGCCGGGGGGCUGCAGGUUGUAAUGGAGGGGCACCGGCAGAGCAGUGUGUGGAGCAGGAGGGUGUGUGCUCUGCCUGGCUGUUGCCCCUCACAAUGGUUAGAGGAAACCCUGCCCCCUAUUUAUUUAUUUAUUCAUUGGGAGGCUGGCGGUUGAUCCCUUGCUCCGCGGCCCUUUAGAGUCGGGGUGACACUUGCUGAUGUGUUGCAGCUCUCCCUGAGCCUGCAGGGCCUGGGGAGCUGCUGUGACCCCCAGGCUCCUGUUCUGCAACGAGAUAAAUGGUCUGAAUUGCCCUGCAGACAUUCCCAAGGGGCAGCCAAAGGCUACUACCAGUCAACCUGACAUGCUGGGGGGCAGAGGCCCCAGUGCAUCCCUGGGAGCCUCUGGCUGAACGGCCAAGGGCGGGAGCCACACAGCUGUGGGUGGGUUCCCAGCCCUGCCCCAGUAAGACAGGUACAUUCCCAUUCCCCCUUGCUGGAGUUCCCUCCUCCUGGAGCAGAUCAGAGCCUGGGGAGCUGCCCAGCCCUAGGCUGGUGAGUGGAGUUUCUGGCUCUGUCUUGCCUUGUGCGGCUGAGGUGGGGGGGGUUCUUGUCAUUGCCUUUGAAAGGGCUUUUCACUUCUGCGUUACCUGCUGCCCAUCACCUCAUUAGCUUGUUGAGCAGAAGGAUGCAGGGACCCGGGAUGAGGAAUCGGUGGACUGAGAACCAGCUGCACUCUGCACGUAGCUAAAGCUUUCCAUCGUCCCAGUGCUGAACAGCUCCACAACCCCCAGCAGGGAGGUGAGUCAGGACCGUUCGCCCCACCGGACCAACCAAGAAACCGAGGCACAGAGAAGGGAAGGGGGUAUGCAACAAGCCAAUGGCUUUGGACCCAGGCGUCCAACCAAUCGUGCUGCCUCCCUGCAUGUUUGAGUUGGCCUAAGAAAGGACUAUCAGCGGGCGCAAUCACACAAUGAUAGGAUUAGGCACCGCAGACAGGAACCUGGCUCACUCAGACCCACUUCUGAGCCCUUGCCCAGGGCAGGAACACAGGCUGCCCCGCCCUUUGGGUGUCAUAUACUAACAGCUGGGAUCUCCAGCAGUUGCCAGUAUGGAUGAGACAGUCACUGAGCCAGUGCUGAGGUUUCCAGGCCAUUUAGCUGCACAGGGAAGAUGUAAACCCAGGAACUGUGCUGGGAUCUCGAGAAAUAGAUGCGAUUUCUUUUUUCAAUGUGUGUCAAACUGCGGGGAGGGUUCUGUGACCAGCCAUGUGGAAAUGCGGCACUGUCCCCGAGAGACCUCCCAGAAUGAGGGAAGGGGGUCAGGCUUGGCUAGAGCUCCGCCUGCACUCUGCAGGGACUCAGCGCAGAUGUAAAACCAAGGCCCUGACCACCCGCAGUCAGUGAGUGCCCUGGGCUUCUUACAAA